AUGCUGAAGAGUGGGAUCCAGCAGGCGCUCCGCGCUUCCAUGCGCAGGCCGGCCAUCCGCCGCAGCGCAUUUUCGCCCAUGAAGAAGAGCUUCGCCCCCGCGCUCUCCACCCGAUUCGCCAGCACCGACGCAACAAAGGAUGGCAAGAUUCAUCAGGUCAUUGGCGCCAUCGUAGACGUCAAGUUCGACACCGAGCAGCUCCCUGCUAUUCUCAACGCCGUCACCACCCAGAACGGCGACCAGAAGCUGAUUCUCGAAGUUGCUCAACAUUUGGGUGAGAACGUCGUCAGAUGUAUUGCCAUGGACGGUACCGAGGGUCUCGUCCGCGGUUCCAAGGCCACCGACACCGGUGCCCCCAUCAAGAUUCCCGUUGGUCACGGUACCCUUGGUCGUAUCAUGAACGUCACUGGUGACCCCAUUGACGAGCGUGGUCCCAUCAAGGCCACCAAGUACGCCCCCAUCCACGCCGACCCCCCGGAGUUCACCGAGCAAUCCACCUCCGCUGAGGUCCUCGUUACCGGUAUCAAGGUUGUCGACCUGUUGGCUCCUUACGCUCGUGGUGGAAAGAUUGGUCUCUUCGGAGGUGCUGGUGUCGGAAAGACUGUCUUCAUUCAGGAGCUGAUUAACAACAUCGCCAAGGCCCACGGUGGUUUCUCCGUCUUCACUGGUGUCGGUGAGCGUACCCGUGAGGGUAACGAUCUGUACCACGAGAUGCAGGAGACUUCCGUCAUUCAGCUUGACGGUGACUCCAAGGUCGCCCUCGUCUUCGGUCAGAUGAACGAGCCCCCGGGUGCCCGUGCUCGUGUCGCUCUUACUGGUAAGUAUUCCUUCCAUCUGUAUCCCUCUCACCUGUAA